CACAGAAAGAUGAGUAACCUUUUUGCCGCAGCUGUGAUGCUCUCUCUUCUUCUCAAAGAUGGAAUCAGCAUAGCCACAGCAUGGGAAGAUGAGGACUUCUUCAGAUAUUGCCCGCCAUCCUGGUGCCACGAGCAUGGCCCAGAAAUCAGGUUUCCUUUCCGGCUUGAAUCCAGCAAUAAAUCAUGCAGUGCACCAUCCAUGUACUUAUCAUGCUCUGCAAAACAAGACACCAUCCUAGAUCACCCACAGCUUGGCCCAUGCCAAGUGACCUCGAUUGAUUACCUGCAUCAGGUUAUCGACAUAACCCCGCUCAAAGACUUCUUAUCUCCAUGCCCCCUUCAGAAGAUCAAAUCAACAAGGUUUGCUGGUGGUAAAAUUGAUGAUCCUACUGCAGUGUACUUCUACAACGCCGGAAGCAUAGUGAGCUGUUCAAGAGAGUUUACGCCAAGUAUUCGAUCCGACCUUAUUGUUGGCCCUAUCCCUUGCCUUAGCAACACAAGUCACCUCUCAUAUUUGGUAGAUUCUGAUGUGCCUAUGUAUGUUCUUAAACUGGACUGCAAGGUUGUAUCUGAUGGAGUAAUUCCCAUACACAAAACUUACAAUCCUAGUACCGGAAAAUUACUCGAUAACUCAACAUUCAAGGUAAGGGCAGAAAGAAUCCUCAGUUUUGCUACCACGACAGUCAGCUGGGCAGUGAGAUUAGAUCAGCAAGGCGGAGCACACUACUCCUCAGGUGGCUAUGAGUGUCAACGAUGUGAAGAACAUGGGCAACGCUGUGCAUUUAAUUCACAAAGGAACGACACAUUCUGCAUACAUAACACUCACGGACUGCGUAUCAAAGUUAUUGCAGCUACAUCAUCGGUGGCCACGUUAGUUGUUCUUUUGUCGAUGGUGGCCACUGCCCUUUAUUUUUCACUGAGGACAAGAUAUAACGAAGAAAUACAUUUGAAGGUUGAAAUGUUUCUUAGGACAUAUGGCACAUCGAAACCCACAAGGUACACUUUCUCUGAAGUUAAGAAAAUAGCAAGACGGUUUAAGAUAAAAGUAGGGCAAGGAGGAUUUGGCAGUGUAUACAAAGGCGAGUUACCAAAUGGAGUGCCUGUGGCAGUCAAGAUGCUAGAGAACUCUAGAGGAGAGGGAGAAGAAUUCAUCAAUGAAGUUGCAACCGUUGGAUUAAUUCACCAUGCAAAUAUUGUCCGUCUCCUAGGCUUUUGCUCCGAAGGAACGAGACGAGCUCUUAUUUAUGAAUUCAUGCCUAACGAUUCACUGGAGAAAUACAUAUUCUCUCAUGAAUCUAAUAUUUUUGAAGAUAUCCUAGUGCCCGAUAAAAUGAUAGAUGUUGCUUUAGGCAUCGCUCGAGGAAUGGAGUACCUGCAUCAGGGGUGCAACCAACGCAUCCUCCACUUUGACAUCAAGCCUCACAACAUCUUGUUGGACUUCAACUUUAAUCCCAAAAUCUCAGACUUUGGCCUAGCAAAGCUGUGUGCAAGGGACCAGAGCAUCGUUACCUUGACUGCAGCAAGAGGCACGAUGGGCUACAUUGCCCCGGAGCUAUACUCACGGAACUUUGGGGGAGUAUCAUACAAAUCUGAUGUAUACAGUUUUGGCAUGCUAGUGUUAGAAAUGGUGAGUAGAAGGAGGAACUCGGACCCAAGUGUUGGUAGCCAGAACGAUGUAUAUCUCCCGGAGUGGAUCUAUCAGAAAGUAAGCAGUGGGCAGGACUUAGUAGUUACUUUGGACUGGGCACAGGAAGAGCAAGAAAAGGUCAGACAACUUGCCAUUGUGGGACUAUGGUGUAUCCAGUGGAACCCGAAGAAUCGACCAUCAAUGACAAAGGUGGUAAACAUGUUAACCGCGAGGUUGCAGAAUCUACAGAUGCCCCCAAAGCCAUUCAUCACAUCUGAAAAUUACCCUGUGGUGUAAAUCAUGGAAAACAUUCUGCCACAAUUUAGUAAAUACUGGGGGCAUGUACUGCUCCGUCCAUCUGUUGCACAUCAAUGCAUAUCAUUAGCAUGCAAUAUAUUUCGGUCUUUCCACUACAUGAUCAUCUGAUGUAUGA